UCAGCAUGAAGACUUUUGUCGUGCUUUUUGCAUGCGUCAUAGCAACUUCCGGAAACCAUAGCUCGUCCACGUGUCCUCCGCUUGGAAAGAGAAACUGUCGACUCUUCGAUUUCAUCACGCCCAGAGUUUGUCCGAAGGAGUUUCGAGAAACGAUUGCAACUGGGGAGUGGUUGGGUAUAUACACCACUGAGAUAGGUCAAACCACACCUUUCGGAAAAUCCACCAACAGAUGGUCCAACCAAGGAAGAACGUGGCGUCGGGAGACCCGCAGUUUCAACCAGAUGUCCAUGGCCUGUGAAAUGUUAACAUUUGACUACAAUCUGGUCACUACUUCGUGCGGAAUGGCGGAGCUACGACAAGUCGAUGGUUCCCGCGUGGAGCGUUUUUACAGUCAGGAUUUGAGCCGCUACUUCUGGUGGUUCAUCUGCAUCACUCCCGCGACCAACGGGGGCUGUGACUUCGGCUUCUUUGACCUCCAAAUACGGGACAACAGAGAGGGAAUGGCCGGAGAGAUCAACCUGAACGGACUCCCAUGGGACAAAAUAUCUGCUGACCUAAAACUUAUCCAGGGGAAGACCUUUGAUGACCCCUUAGUUCGUUACGCAUGGUUAGGAACGGAAUGCUGAUUUUCCAUCAAUAUGCUUUCGCAAAGAACAGACGUUGGCUUCUUUGACAUUUACUUUAGAAUUGAUAACUUACUAAGAG